UCGAAAUUCCUCCUAACUUUCUUCGAGAAUGCAUGCUUUAAAAAUGUUAAAAAUAAAAUGAAAGAAUCAUCAUGAAAGAAUUUAAUUCCUCCAACAUAAAAAUGGAAUUAAUUUGGCGUCCUUAGCAACAAGGAUAAUUUAUGGUUGGUUGGUUAGAAGGAAUUAGAACAUAUAAUUGAAGGACAUGAACAAACAAUGAGAUAGCGUAAAGAACGAGGUUGAUGUUUAUGAAAAUUCACUUAGCAAGGGAGCUCUCUAACAUUGUUGGCGAAACACCAUGCCACGCAAUGAUAAAUAUCGCAAAAAGCAGGAUGUAGCGGCAAAUCACGUGCCACAGAACUUUAUACCUGGUUUGACAAAACCCAGAUUGUCAAUUCAUCCAGAUGAUGAUGUGACACCAGCCACCAAUCAGAAAGUCAGCUCGGUGUGUUACCAGGGAGUAAAAGUAAGAAUGUUCGAAAACCCGAAAUUAUCAGAAAAGCUUUUAAUGCGAGCAGGCAUUGUAGCCUUAGGUUUUCCUGCGCCGAGUAAACAUAUUAACUGCGAGCAGGUUAAAAAGGCCAGCCUCCGCUCUUGUCACAGUUUUGAUGAAUACGAUAAUAACAAUCAUAUACCUCUUGAAAGGCGUUCAACGAUUGCUUGUGCCAACCAAACCAGCACAGAACAUUCUCAAUAUAGUCCUGUUAAGAAUCUCCUAACAAGACAAAGGUCUGUUACAGCUGAUCCAGUCGCAAAUAAUUCGCUUCCACAUGAAGACACAGGUGUAGAAUACAGCUUGAAUAAUCUGUCCAAUGAAAUUUCGUCUAGUCUUCCAGAGUUAAACUAUCUACCAGAAGAGGAUGGUAGUAUCGGUAUUCAGAUUCCUACAACUGAAAAACGAAGAAGCCGAUCAUUCAGUAGCGGAUUGAACUACCCUCCCGAAGUUAUUACUCAGAAUGUUAAACGAAAGUUAAGUCGCAUUAUUAUAAAAAAGAGUGAAGAAGAAGAAAAACAGAAGUUAAAACAAGAAAGAGAAAUGCUUGAUGCUUUACAAGGUGCAUUACGCUCAAAACUUCCAAAAACUUUUCGUGCCACUGCUAGCAUGGGUUUAUUUGACCCUACGUGUUUUUACGACUCGAAGCAAAAACAUUCAGUUCAACAGAAACCGAAAUUAAGACACGGUUCCUUGCCUGCCAUAUUUAAACACGUGUACCGAAAGUAUGAUUAUGUUGUUAGCGAAGACGAAGAAAGCCCGACAGAUGCAAAUCCGAAAAGAGGAUUUCUAAAAAGGAUAACGAAUUCGCCUAUACUCUCCAGGAAGACAGUUUCUUCAGACGAGAGUGGUUUUCCCCGAAGCCCUGUCAUAGAAAUAAAGCCUUCUCUAUUUAAAAGAGCGAAAGCUUACUCCACCAAAAAUGGUACUGAAUGUUUGCAAAACCGGAAUUCUAAUUCAUCUGAUGAUUCCGGUAUUCUUAUACGGAGUAUAGAGGAGGAUAAUAAAAAAGAACUAUCACAAGCUGACGUCACGAUGGAUUGUGCUAAGGAGACACAAAAAGAAAGCGUAGACGAAGAAGUGUGUACUCAAGCUAAUACACCACUGCGAUAUAAAAUCACAGAAACAGAACAACAAACAAAUGGGCCUCAUCAACAGAAUAUCGUAGCUAUAGACACACAAGUAUUGAGACUCCCACGGCAUGACGUCACAACAGAGAACAAUGGACAAACAGAAACAUUCCUUGACGCGAAUAUUGUUUCGUCAAAAACAUGUGCUAAAAAAACACUGGAGAAGGGUGGGAAAACAGAAGGAUUGCUGAAAACUCAACUGGGCAUUGGUAAUAAGAAUAAUCAAGAACCUCCUUUAAAUGACAGCGAGGUUUAUUUUAAUGGAAUUAAGAUACUCAACGUAAAUUCUUUAAAAACAUCGAAAGUGGGCACAUUACCCGAUAAUUCUGAUGAUGUUGAAAAUAUGUCUGAAAUCAGUAUCCAAAAAAAUAAUACGGAUAAAAAUGACGAACAGGUUGAGCAAAUCGUAUUAAGAGAAGAUCAAGACACACAUCUUCAUGUAGAAAAACACGAUAAACAUUACAAAAUGCGACCAAAGCUACCUGUAUUCAGCACAGCUUUGGCCCAAGACACCACACCCGGGGUUAACAAAGGAAAUUUCAUGAAAAGCGCUGAAAGAGAACGCAUAGCUCUUUCAAAGCAAAGUUCUGAAGACUUGAAAGAAAGACACCUAAAAGAAAUUGAUGAAAUGUUUAACAUGCACGAACAAAUCCACGACAAGCCCGUGUUUUACAGUUUUCCACUUGGACUUAAAGAUUCGAAUGUUUAAUUUUUUGGGUACGUGCUUCUUUUCCAGUUCGAUUGUUGAUAUACACAAGGAAACCUUAAACUUUUAAAGACCUUUUUUAACUAUAUACUGUAUAACUGUUACAUGUAAGUACUAUAGACAGCCGUG